ACGCGAUUUACGUUGCAGAGUUUAAGCCAUUUAAGAGAAAUAAAAGACAUACGAUUAGACCUAACGAGAAAGCAACAUUAGACGUACAAGUGCAGCAAUUCAAAGCUCAAUCGUUCGCUAAAAUUGUGUCACAGAGUGCGCAAACACAAGGUUUUAUGUUUAAGAAACAUCCAGGGCAAGCUUUGGGUCGUAAAGACGUCGUUGAAAGAUCUUCAUUUUGGGAUGAGAUUUCUACGCACUUGUGUCUGAGUUUUGGAGUUUUGAUGAAUCGAUUGUGGAGUAUCUCUCAUGUGAAGGGUGUAUGUCAGAAACAACUGUAAAGAGAGCGACAAAACAUGGUACCAGUCCAAGAUGGGGCAUCUACACAAGGGGAAAACCUGCUGCUUCCCCCUAAAGAGCCCCACACAGAGAGUGCUGGGUCCAAUAGAAUCCGACAGAGACAGUCAUCCCCUGCACGAAAAUUAGGCAUGACCAGAAAACCGAGGGUUUUCAAAGAGUCUGAGAACCCAGAGGAGACGCAGAGAAAACAUAAAGAAAAUGAGCUGAAGCCGCUGUACAAGGAGCUUCUGUACACGAUCACUCAUCGCUUGGGAAGAUCGCACACAAAAGAACAAUACAUUGACAAGCAGUUACAGGAUUACGUCAAAGAGGCGUUUUCCAUGAAUGACGAAGAGCAUAAAACCUUGAGUGAGAAAGUCCAAAGCUCACUGGCCCCAGUCUACUGUCUGAUGGUUACUGUGAAGCAAGCCAAAGGAAUUCUGGGGAAAGAUAUUAGUGGAUUUAGUGAUCCGUACUGCCAGCUGAUGAUCUUAAAUGAAGGUAAAGAACCCCAAGGUGGUGGAUCUGCUCAAAAACCUCAGAAGGCAGUAGUACGGGACUCAGUUCAGGGACAGGAGUUCCAGACGACCAUUAAAAUACAGACGCUUAACCCCAUCUGGGACGAAACCUUCAAACUGGGGUUUAAAGACUUAUCAAGUGCCAGCUUUUACAUUGAGAUGUGGGACAAAGAUGAACAUGUUUCCCUUUCCCAAAAAUUUGAUGAGUUUCGCACAAACAUUCAUGGACUUAAAAGGAUGUUAAAAGAUGCAAAAAAAGAAAAAGGCCAGGAUGAUUUUUUGGGGAAUAUUUUUCUCAAAUUAAAGAACCUCCACUGCACAGAAGACUCGUGGUAUAUCCUAGAGCCCCGAACAGAGACAUACCCAGACAGAGGACAGUGCCACCUUCAACUUAAAUUCAUUCAUAAAGAGAAAGAUGAUAGCCUGAGUGCUGGACGGAGUCCUUAUGUGAACUACUGUGGCAUCCUGCAGCAGUUUGUUCAGGCUCAUAUCUCUAAACAACAGGACAGUACCCCGUGGAAAGGAGAUCUGUGUGGGCAGGGAACUGCGUUGCUCGAGUACUACGCCACGCAGAAUGAAAUCUCACCCUUUCUUCAAGAUCUGGCGAAGUGGGUAGCAUACAGUAAACUCUACCAGAGCCUGGAGGUGGACUCCACCGUACUUUUCCAACAGCUAACCAGUAUAGAAUACCACUGGGACCAGCAAAAACUUCCCUACCUGCAGAAGCAGGAGUUAGGUGAUUCUCUGCACGGCUUUCUCCAGUAUGGGCUCUGCUUGGUGUCCAAAUACAGAGACAUCUUUCCUCCAACCCCAAAAACGACACCACGGCUACAUACAUUGCUUAGAGUUCUUGUACAGAUUUGUAAGACUCGAGCUUUUCAAAAUCUCAAUCCUGCACAGUUCGACUUGCAUGUUGAGGUCGCAGACGCUGUUGCUACUGGUACGGUAGAAUGGUUCAACAUCAAAAAAGGUUUACAUCAACCCAUGACCAAGGAUCUGUUAGAGACAGUCAGCGCCCUCUCUCGGUUGAUUGGAGAAGUGCAGGAAGACAUUCGGCUCAGUAAAGAUGUCUGGAACAAGGUGUUUGUCAGUGCUGUGCAGUUAGAUGUUUUUACUGUGGUUUACCAGAAGCUGGACUUCUUGUUGGCCGAUGAGUUACGAGCGACUCUCUCUCAGUUGGAGAAUCAUAUGGAUCAGCCGCUGGCAAACAGUUUGUUUACUGUCUAUAUGAUUUUACAGGCGAUAUACAAAGAGAAAGCCUAUUUACAAAAAAGGGCGAAAGUGCUGCAGCUCUCGAGUUUUCAUGAGGACUUUAGAGAUGCUCUUCCAUACUGGUUAAGUAAAGCCUUUAGCACUACAAUGGAGAGGGUGGAAAAGGCUGUGCAGGUGGAUCAGUUGCUUCCGAUGCAGACCGGAGCAGCACCCAUCAAACACAGCUCUUCUGCGGUGGACAUCGCAGCGUGUUUGCAUCCCAUCGCUCAGCUGUGGGAACAGUUAAGCUGGCCCGACCCAGAAGAGGCUUUCAUGCUUAUGGUCAAACUCACAGAGGAUGUGUGUAAGAUCGCUUCCACAUACUGCCAAAUGCUGAAAGCCCGUGUGAAGGAGCUCUCGGUGGACUCGGAUCACGGCAGUGCUAUCAACAUGCUGUGUGUAGUGGUGAACGAUCUGGAGCACGUGCACACGGUUUUGAACCAUCUGCCAAAGAAGCUAAAUUGGGAGGGGCUUCGGGAACGUACGCAAAACGUGAUUGGAGAAACCCAGUUUCAGAACACGCUUCCAUCCCAGCUACAACACACACAGUCUGCCCUCAACCGGGAGAUUCGCUCGGCCGUCGACACACUUGGGAAGAAGUUAAAGAGAGACAUAGAGUCACAUGUUCGCAAUAUGGCUUCACGUCACAGGCUGCCCUCCAGAACUACAGAGGAAGCUGUGGUUCCUUUAAUGAAAUAUCUGGAGACAGAACUCAAGUAUAUGAAUGAGAAUUUGGUUCAAGAGAAUUUCAACAGUCUUCUUACUCCGUUGUGGGUGAACUCUGUUAAGAUUCUGCAUCAGAUAUCACAGCAAGAAGACAGUAAUGUGGUUUACUUCCAGAGGUUAUUGUACUCGCUGGAGUGUUUAGAACAGUGUUUUCAUGCUGAAGGGAACGGACUUCCCCUAGAAACACUACAUACUGAUGAAUAUAAGAUACUGCGAACACUGCUAACUCAAAACUCUUUAAGCUGUAACCAGCUGAUAGAGAAAUUCUUCGAGAGGAAAGUGUGGGAGCAGAAAGUGUUUACCGGAGAGAAAUAUGGAGCCGUCACUCUUAUCACCUCAUAUAGACGCUCAGAUAAGAAACUUCAUGUGGAGGUUCUCAAUGCUGUUAAUCUCAUUCCACUCGACUCUAAUGGUUCCAGUGACCCGUUUGUUCAGCUUUCUCUCGAACCAAAGCACAUGUUCCCCGAGGUAGAGUCACGCUCAACAAAGAUCAAGAACUGUGAUCUCAACCCAUUGUUUGAAGAGAGCUUUGAAUUUCUCAUUACAUUAGAACAGUGUCAGUCUUUAGGGGCUUGUCUGCUGGUGACCGUGCUGGACCAUGACACCUUGAGGAGCGAUGAUUUUGAAGGAGAGGCGUUCCUCUCUCUCAAGUCCGUGCCGGGAGUUGGGGGCGGAAACAAUAAUCCGACACCCGCUCGGAUCCGCCUGCCUCUGAUGCAUCCUAAACCCGACAGCGAAAAUAUCCUGAAGUUGCUUGAGGGCAGAAAAGGCGAGAGAGGCGCUCAAGCUUUCGUUAAGCUACGCAGACAGAGAGAAAAGAAGUCUCAAGAAACUUAAGAACGAAACGAUGACUUAAAAACAACAAAAUUCACAUCUGCAGGGAUGAACAUGCUAUUUUUUCUGCCUAUUAUUUUUUAUAGCUCACCCUUAUAUUAACUUUGGGUUUAAAAUAGCAUACAGAUAAGGACCAACAUGAGGGUGAAUGAAUUAUAAAAAUGUAUGUAUUUUUGUUAACUAUCCUUUUAAAUUAUGUUUUAAAUAUUUUUUACUUCAUAGGGUGUAGAUUGUGGUACAGUGACAGCAUUGCAUUCGUUAUUAAAACAUCAAAAUACAACCAUUUCAUCCAAAAAUAUACAUUUGUUUAUUGUCCUUUACAAAAUCAGAAACACUGUAUAUGAACAAAGCUGAGCAGGUCAUUUCUGAAUUCACAGUGAGGUCAUACAGGAAGUCAUCGGCUGACCCCCCAUGUAACUUUACCUUCAAACUGAAUUCAUCCAAAAUCAUCCGAAAGAAACUAAACGCAUUGGAGUCGUGCCGUCUUCCGACAGCUUUAGCUUAUCAUUGAGAUUGUGUGUUUGAUGAUCAGUGCCUGUGAAUUCAUAUCUCCACCGAUUCCACAGACACCCAUUCACAGAAAUGAACAAAGCUAAGGUUGGGAAUGUGCUGUUGGUUUAGUUAACAGGCAAACAUACUUGACAAUAGACAAUACGCACAUUAUAAGAAUUACCUAAAAAAACUUGCAUCUUUAGUCUGAAAACAAAAACCUGAGAAUAAUGAGAUUUCCUUUCCAUUUUUGCAGUGUUGGUCUCUUUCCAUCGAGGCCGCUCUCAAAAUAAAAUCCUACAAAAGUCAAUUUCCUAUAUAGCUACCUAUUAUGCUAAUCUGUAUUGAUUACGAAAUACCCCCCCAUAUGGUUAGUCAUUCCAGCUGCACUGAAGAUACAAACACUGCAUUUUUCUGUAAACAUAUCGGAAUGUUUCGUAAGGACAUUCCACAAUGUGUUUAUAAAAUGUAGAAAAGAUUGUCUUUAUAUGUGUCUUAUGUCUUUUGCUUCUACAUAAAGCAUACAGGGAAUAUUAUUCAGUAUUUGGUAUCGUCAUCAAAUUGUUAAAUAUUAUUUCGAUUUAAGUUGUAUAUUUAAAUGUGCCACAAUUGAAACACUAACGCUAUUGUUAGUCCUUUACAAAAUCGACCCCAUCUGAAUUUUGACACGGGACAAUUGACAAUUAUGAUAAAAAUAUUCAUAAAUCUGCA